AUGACGGGAAAUAUUUCUGCAAUCGGUUGUUGGAUUCUAGCUAAAUAUGGGGUCCGCCAUAGAGUUGCCAUGACAUAUCAUCCGCAAACAAGUGGACAAGCUGAGGAGUCCAACAGAGAGAUAAGGCAAAUAUUGGAGAAGACAGCAUGUCACUUUCUAGUUGAACUUGAAUACAAGGCGUAUUGGGCAAUUAAAAAGUUGAAUAUGCACUUUGAAGCCGCGGACGAGAAGAGGCUCUUGCAGUUGAAUGAGUUAGAUGAGUUCAGACUGCACUCUUAUGAAUAUGCUAAGCUUUACAAGGAGAAAACAAAAAGAUGGCAUGACAAGCGUAUCAAGUCACGUCACUUUGAACUGGAAAAAAGAUUACUAUUGUUAAAUUCUAGGCUUAAGCUGUUUACUGGGAAGUUAAAAUCGAGGUGGUCAGGUCCAUUUGAGGUGGUGAGAGUCACUCCUUAUGGUGCAAUUGAGUUGCGCGCUUUAAAUGGUGAAAGAAAUUUUUUAGUGAAUGGGCAAAGAGUCAAGCACUAUUGGGGAGGUGUUAUUGAUCGUGAGAAGUCCAAAGUAAUACUCCCUGAUGAUUAA